AUGAAGCUUCUUUCGAUAGCUCUUCUGCCGGCUUUGGCAGCCGCAGCAUCCUCCUCCCCUUCUGUCACAAUCGAUGCUGGUACAGUUCAGGGUGGGAAAUGUGAAGGUGGUCAAAAUGCCGUUUUCUACAAGGCAAUUCCCUUUGCUGAGCCUCCAGUCGACGAACUACGCUUCGAGCCCCCCAAACCCUACAAAAAGCAAUACCCUCAAGGCAAGCUGAAUGCAACAACUUCGGCCCCGACCUGCAUUCAAUUCUCAGAUGAUUUCACCGAGAAGAAAUUGAAUACAGCUGCACUGUCAUCUGAAGACUGCCUUUAUUUGGACGUUUGGGCGCCGUCUACAGCCACUAAGGACUCCAAACUUCCCGUCAAAGUAUGGGUAUACGGUGGAUCUGAAACAGAAGGUUCAAUCUCAGACCCCCUCUACGACGGCUGCAACACAGCAGAGGCAGGAUCUAUUCUUGUUUCUGUCAACUACCGUGUUGGCCCCCUCGGUUUUAUGGCACUUGAGACCGCUGCAUUAUAUGGCAACCAGGGAAUCAAAGACCUGAUCAUGGGGUUGGAAUGGGUUCAACAGAACAUCGCCGCCUUCGGUGGAGACCCGAAAAAGGUUCUUUUCUUUGGCCAGUCAGCCGGUGCUGAGAACGUAUACGCAAUCGGCUCUCUUCCUCAAGCGCCUUCUUUGAUGAACAGUCUCAUCUCAGAAUCGGGCGGAGGUAGAAGCCUUAGCGUUAAUUCAACCCAGCAGAAGGUUGCAGCAUCAUAUGCUAAGAUGCUCAAUUGCAGCACUACUGACAAAACUUGUCUCCAGUCCAAGACACGUGCUGACAUAGUGACCGCAUACCACAACGAUAAAUACCUGACCCAGGGAAUUGGAUACUAUGGAGCAGGAGGUUCUCUCAGCAUCCUUAGCCAGGGCACUCACAAUUUCUACCCCUUUGUGGACGGCAGUCUCAUUGCCGAGGAUCCCUACACCCGUGGAGUGCAAGUCCCAGCCGUCUUUGGAUCCAAUUAUAAUGAAGCUAUCGUAUAUUCGUUGCUGUGGAUUGAGACAGAGCAGAAAAUUCCAACCGCAUCGAUAUACAAAAACUUCCUUCGCAGUAAUUUCGGCAACGCUGCCUCGCUUGUUGAAAAGUACUAUGCGCCCUCCUUGUUCAAAUCAGCAGCCGAACUUAUUGCUCAAAGUUCCCCUGUUUUUGCUGAGAUGAGCACGACCUCAAUCGAGAUAUUUUUGGCUAUAACCCAAGUCAUAACCGAUUCCACCUACAAGUGCCCAGCGUGGUAUGGUGCGACACAGGCGACUCGCAAAGGGAUCGCCGCGUGGACAUACCAAUUCAACCAUGGCUCGACUUGCCCUUGGCUGUUUACGAUGAAUGAUACUACUGUCAGCUAUCUCAAUGCCUCUCACACAGCUGAAAUACCCUUUGUCUUUGGCAAUUUGGAUAAUUCGUAUCUCCCGGAUGGGGAUUGCAAUUCGACAUCAGCUGAAUGGAAGCUCGGCGGCCAGAUGAUGGACUUGUGGACUGCAAUGGCAGCAAACGGUAAACCAUCAACCAAGGAGAUUGAGUGGCCUCAGUUCAAGAACCAAGGAAAAAAUCUGACUAUUCCCGGGUUGAUCUUUGACAACUCCGCUUUUGUUGGAACCGUCGAUUAUUCCGCGUGUGAAAUUUGGGUUGAAGUCGAUGCGAUUGUGGCAGCAAGCAAUGCUACAGCCUCAGCCACAAAGUCUGCGGCCGCUGGCAAAUCGACAUCUUCACCAUCCGCUACUCCAUUCAAUGGCGCAGCCACUCUGCUCCCUAGAGUUGAGGGCUAUCUUGUUUUGGCCAUGGUCAUCAUUGGUUUCGUUGCAAUUUGA